UGGUACACGUGGACGUCGCCGCUCGGUUUCGAGCUCAUGGGGAUAUGGAGAGAGGGCCAGGACGGGACGGACAUCAACGGCGUGUGGAGGACGCAGGAUGGCGCGCACGUCGUCUCCGCGGAUGACAGCGGGUUAGUCCGCGUGAUGAACUAUCCGUGUCCGGUCGAACGCGCGCUGAGCGCGGACGAGCGCGCGCACUCGUCGCACGUCACCGCGGCGAAAGGGUCGUGGUGCGAUGAUUGGGUCAGCAGCACCGGCGGGCGGGACUGUUCCGUGAUGCAGUGG